AUGAUUGCCUUCAAUUGGCUCUCCCAGAUUUUGCAGGCCGGAAUUUUGGGUCAACGCGAAACCUUCUCACAAUUGCAGUCAACGGCCAGAGACCUACGAAUACAGCCUGCAGUUACCAAGGCGGCUAAGAACAUUGGAGAGACACAACGCUUGCUAACUGAAGUGAAGACUGGUUGGGAGCGCCUACGUACCACAACCAAAGAGAGGCAGGCUGGAUUGGAGUCUGCUUUGAACGAAGUGAGUGGAUUUAUCAAAAUGGAAUCAUGA